ACCACUGGUUGCCUUGAUUUUUCUGCCCGGAACUCUGGCAUGAUCUGUGCCAAUGCUCGUGUCUUCCUCUCUUCUAUAUCUUGCUUAGAUCCUGUGCUUUAGCACCGGAACAACGCUGCGGGCAAAGGAGUACUCCAAAAACAAUGUUUAUCUCUAAUCCCAUCGCAAAGUUGCGGAUAAAACGCCACAAAACCCAAUUUAACUUUGCAUAAUGACCUCCGCGUCGGCAUCUUCUUCAAGACAAUGCCACGCAGAAUGUCUCGAUUGUUCAUCACUUUCGGUCACGAGACCAUGUCUCGUCUCUCAAAAUCCCGGCUUGAAUGUUUUCUCUUCGUCAUAUCCUCAAUGUCUUCUGAUGAUUUUCUGUCGUGUCACGGGUAUGUUCCCAUACGACUCUCACCUUCCUUCCAGGAGCGGUCUCCCAUUCGCGAUGCUCCAAGAACCUGCCGGUCAUUCUGACGACGAAUCCUCUCUGAUCUCCCCAAACUCAGAAACCUCCCCGCCGAGCAGUGGCGGCAGUUUUGCAUAUCAGGACUAUUUCUACCUCGCUUUCACGAUCCUAGACGCAUCGAGCAGCACAGACUCUCUCGACCUUUCACACGUCUUCCAACGGUGUGGUGUGGAACCGGACGAGAAGAACACGACUUAUAUGGUUCAAGACGUUCUACCUGCUACUUCGAUGCGCACUGAGGUCAACGACCAGGUCUUCGAUGGCAGGGUGGGCCGUGAUGUGAAUGGUUUCAUGGCAGGUGGUAAAUGCGGUGGCGCCGAUAUUGGCACGAAUUCUUCUUUCAUCGAAGGAUCUACUGUGGACAACGUAUUCUCGGUUUCAUGGCCGACGAAAUGAGAAUGACGUGUAUGGCUUUGGAACGCCUUCGUAAGGUCCCGACGUCCUUAGAGAUCUGGUACCUCCUGCUUGGUGGGAAAACGGGUCUAUGAACUCAUCAUCGACGGCGCUUUCACGUAAGGGAAAACUCUACCUCCAGAACGAAAACGAUGGAUACACGAGAGUAUCUGGCUCCAACGUCCCCGUUCGCGAGAACCCUGCGCCUUCUGGGUUACUUGUUCUCCAACACAUCCAUUGAC